AUGACGGAGCUGCAACCUUCAGGGACCCCGAACCCCCCGGAGGAGGGUAGCGGGGAAACCAGCGCCCAACCGGCGCCCGGCCGGCCUGCCGACCCCUUCCUGGUCGCGAUCGAGUGUGUCCAGGUGGCGGUCGAGCGGCUGGGCACGGCAGUGGACGUGAAGGAGGAUCAGCUUAAGGCAGAGCGCGCCAGGCUGGACUCGGAGAGGGCGCAGCUUACGACCGCCCGGCGAGCCUUCGAGUCCCGCCUUGCCGCGCAGCGCGCCGCCAACGAGGAGGAGCGAAGCGCUAUGGAAGAGGCCCGCGCGGCGGCCACACGGGAGCAGAAAAUUUUGGAGGAUACCCGCGCGGAGAUCGCGCGGGAGCGGGAGGUUUUGGGGAGCGCCCGCGUAGAAGCUGCGCGGGAGCGAGAAGACGCCGCCCGCCUGGCGGAGGCAUCGCGGCAGAAAGCUGCCGAGGCCUUCGCCAGGGAGAGGCAGAUGCAGGAGUGGGAGGAGGCGGUCGUGAGCCGCGAGUGGACGGUGGAGGCCCGCGAAGCUAACCUGACCCAUCGGGAGAGCGAGGUCGACCGGGCUCACGCCGACUUCCAGCGUUGGGCAGCGGAGCUCCAGAAUACCGAAGGGGAUCUCCGACGCUGGGAGGAGGACGUCACCAUCGAGGAGUUCGACGCCGAGAUUACGGCGGCGGACCUGGGCACCCGGGAGGACUUGCUGACCCGCCGGGAGGUAUUCUCCUGA